AUGGCGACAUCUGCCUUUCAAAUGAUACUGGCUGGAAUGCUAUUCCUAGGCAUUCUGGCUGAUGCAGCGAUCUUUGGGAAAAAGGAUGUAGCAAAAGCAAAGCAGCCAACGGUAACCGUGAGAAACGGGACGUAUGUAGGCAUUCGGAGCAGUCACUACAGCCUUGACUACUUCCUGGGAAUUCCCUUUGCUCAGCCCCCUGUUGGAAACUUGCGUCUGGCACCACCAGCCUCUCUCAAUUCCUCUUUUACAGGUAACCGAAAUGCGACACACCUUCAGCCGGCCUGUAUUCAGUUUUCUUUCCCGCUGGGAUGCCAGGCUGCCACAAUUGACCGUCCUAUCUCUGAGGAUUGCCUUACUCUCAAUGUAUAUCGACCAUCCGGCUACGAGGGCCAAAGCCUGCCUGUACUGGUCUGGAUAUAUGGAGGAGGCUUCAUUCAAGGAAGCAAUAGUGACCCUCGAUACAAUCUGACCUUCAUGGUAGACAACUCGGUCAAAAUGGGCAAGCCUAUUAUUGCGGUUAACAUCAAUUACCGUCUCAACGGCUUUGGUUUCCUCGGAGGGCCCGUCAUUCGGGAACAGGGCUUGGCUAAUCUUGGCCUGCGCGACCAGCGCCUCGCCCUCGAAUGGGUCCAAGAGAAUAUUGCUGCGUUUGGUGGUGAUGCUUCUAGAGUCACUAUUUGGGGGCAAUCUGCUGGUGCAGGCAGCGUGGGGUCCCAGUUGCUAGCAUACGGUGGACGCAAUGACUCGCUGUUCCGUGGUGCUAUUGCUGACAGCGGUGGACCCCUAGGUUUUCAAACACCAUCCAAUGCCACGCAGCUAGAGUCAUGGAACAGCGUUCUUGAUCUCACUGGGUGCUCGGGUUCUAAGAACCCUGUGGCCUGUUUGCGGAGUGUGAGUUCGGCCAACAUCACUUCAGCAGUUAACGCCUCGGGAGGAAGCUUCGGGCCAAUCUAUGAUGGCGAUUUCUUGGAGACAGCUAGCUCGGCCCAAGUGCUUAGCGGCCAGUUUCUCAAAGUGCCGUUACUGACGGGAAGCAACACGGAUGAAGGCACCGAGUUUGUUGGAGCCGCAUCUUAUAUCGGUGGUUUGCCCACAAUUUCCUAUCCAAACGACACAUCCUUCUUAGAUGUUGUCAAGUCUAAAAUCGUGAACUCCACAGCGUUGUUUGCGGCAUUGCCUGUUAUUUCGGCACUAUAUCCUGACAUCCCAGCUAUUGGCAUUCCACACACGUACCAUGGGAGGAUGAACUCGACAUUUGGGACCCAAUACAAACGCGUGGCUGCUUUUAGUGGAGAUUUUACAAUUCACAUGGGUCGCCGACUGGCUGCGCAACAGUGGACAAAACAUGGUGUCCCUGUAUACACAUACCACUACGACCAAUGGCCGAUUGGAGGACUUCCUGACACAACUGGCACAACCCAUUUCACUGAGGUACAGCUCGUCCAAUAUGAUGAACUGGGAUUUGGCUAUGAGGCACCGUGGUAUCCGUCGGGCAGCGAAUACGCCGGCAUGAAUCAAGACUUUUACGCGCUUGCUCGACUAAUGAGUCGCAUGUGGAUCUCCUUCGUCCAUGAUCUUGACCCCAACGAGCACGGUAUCAAGAGUCAUAAUGGCGUUGCUAUCCCCAAGUGGCAACCAUAUGCGGCCAGCACUAGCAGUGAUGAGGAAGGCUAUGGUACCAACCUCCGAUUUCUGUCGUCGUUACCAGGACUUGCAGAGCCCGAAUGGGACACCUGGCGCGCCGAAGCGAUCCAGUAUCUCAUCGAGAAUAUUUCCACGCUGUUUGGGAUGUAG